AUGGCAGACUAUCACCGAAGGCGCCCUCGUCAUGAGCCUCAUCGUGAGCCUCGUCGCGAAAACUUCUACAGCCUGGAUAGAGACUAUCGAGACCAUGGCAGCCGAAGACCGCGAGCGCGCUCCCCAGACUACAAAAGGAGCAAAAGCCUAGACCCGUACAGUCGCCACCAAGAACCGUCGAGGAGCUCUACUCGAGACAUGCACCGGCGACGGAACUACUCACCUUCCCCAGAUCGUCGCCAGUACCGCCACUCUACCCCAAAUCAUCAUAGCGAACACAAAGAGCAGCGCCGUGCUAAGAGCGUCCCGCGCAAGGACCAGCGGCUCGGACAGGCUGCCAAAGCGGCCCUCGACGCAGCAGCCAUCGAGGCCAUCAGGGUACGGCACCACCCCGGGCCCUGGGCAGGCACAAAGGGGGCACGGGUUGCCACGGCGGCCGUAGGGGCCGCCAUCAUAGACCGUGGGAUGAAUGGCCGCGACCCUGAAGAGAGGAGCACAAGACAUAUGAUACAGUCGGCGAUUGGCGGACUCGCCGCCACCAGGCUCCUGAAUGGCGCACGCAAGAAAUGA